ACACGCUUGCACACAUCAUCUCGCCCGCCCGCCCGCUCGCUGCUGCAAGAGCUGCAACUGGAAACGCGCACUAUAUAAUAAUUUUCUACAAGAAUCGCCUUUUCUUUCCAACUUUAUCACCGUACGCCCCCCUUAACUCGCUCGCAGCACAGAGUCCUCGACGUGAUCCGACCUUUGAUUGGAUUAUAGCGGGUUAGCCUUUGCCCUCUAACCCCCGUUGCUGAAUUUUGGCUAGCUGCUUUCUGCUCCCUCCCCGGAGGACUGAGGACCCGUGGACCGAGCGGCGCAGCGACUUGCGCGGACACUACACACCGUGACGAGCCCCCACCGCCGCCACCAGUGAAGCCGGAGCCGAGCCACCGAGCACUCGGUAGGCAGACGAGAAGAGACGAGGAGCCAUGCGGAGGAAAUCGAGGAUAUUGUUAUGUUUUGCUGUGCUUUGGGUGCUGGGGAUAGCCUACUACUUCUACUCGGGGACGGCGUUGGGGCGAAAGGAUGACUGGGACUCAAGUGACUCGUCCGGCCGAUACAGAGCUCGUAACUCUGAUGACAAGACUCACAGUCUGGAAGAUCUGCCACCUGGUAAGGUCCGCUGGCAGGAUUUCGACCAGGAUCUAUAUGUUGGAGCCACCGUGGUCCGACCAGGCCAGGACCCGUACGCCAGAAACAAGUUCAACCAGGUGGAGAGCGAUAAGCUCCGUAUGGACAGAGCUGUGCCAGAUACCAGACAUGACCAUUGCAGACAUAAGCAAUGGAAGUCCGACCUGCCAGCUUCGAGUGUGGUCAUCACUUUUCACAAUGAAGCCCGCUCCGCUCUGCUGCGCACCGUUGUCAGUGUAUUGAAGAAAAGUCCUGCUCACUUGAUCAAAGAGAUCAUCUUGGUUGAUGACUACAGUGACAAUCCGGAGGACGGAGCGCUGCUGGGCAAGAUCGAGAAAGUCCGCGUGCUGAGAAACGACCGCAGAGAAGGACUGAUGCGCUCGAGGGUUCGUGGCGCAGAUGCUGCCACAGCGCCAGUUCUCACCUUCCUGGACUCUCACUGUGAAUGUAAUGACCACUGGCUUGAGCCGCUGCUGGAGAGAGUAGCUGAGGAUAAGAGCAGAGUGGUUUCUCCCAUCAUUGAUGUCAUCAACAUGGACAACUUUCAGUAUGUGGGAGCCUCGGCUGAUCUCAAAGGAGGUUUCGACUGGAAUUUGGUGUUUAAAUGGGAUUACAUGACGUUGGACCAGAGACGAGCAAGACAAGGCAACCCGAUCGCUCCCAUAAAGACUCCCAUGAUAGCAGGAGGCCUGUUUGUCAUGGAUAAGGAAUACUUUGAGCUUUUGGGGAAAUAUGACAUGAUGAUGGAUGUAUGGGGAGGAGAAAAUCUGGAGAUCUCAUUUCGCGUGUGGCAGUGCGGCGGAAGUCUGGAAAUCAUCCCAUGCAGCCGAGUCGGGCACGUUUUCAGGAAGCAACACCCUUAUACCUUCCCUGGUGGUAGCGGGACUGUCUUUGCAAGGAACACCAGGAGAGCUGCUGAAGUGUGGAUGGACGAGUUCAAAAACUUCUACUACGCCGCCGUUCCCUCGGCAAGAAAUGUGCCCUAUGGAAACAUCCAGAGUCGUUUAGAUAUGAAGAAGCGUUUAGCCUGUAAGCCCUUUAAAUGGUACCUGGAGAAUGUCUACCCUGAGCUGCGUGUCCCAGACCACCAAGACAUUGCAUUCGGGGCCUUGCAGCAGGGAGGAAACUGCCUCGACACGCUCGGACAUUUUGCCGACGGCGUGGUGGGCGUUUACGAGUGCCACAACGCUGGCGGAAACCAGGAGUGGGCCCUGACGAAAGAUAAAUCAGUCAAACACAUGGACUUGUGUCUGACAGUGGUGGAAAGAACGGCCGGCUCCCUCAUCAAACUGCAAGGCUGUCGAGACAAUGACAGCAGACAGAAGUGGGAGCAAAUUGAGUCCAACUCGAAGCUUCGUCACGUGGGCAGUAACCUGUGUCUUGACAGCCGCAGUGCCCGCAUGGGUGGGCUCACUGUGGAGGUGUGCAGCCCCAACCUGAGCCAGCAGUGGAAGUUCACCCUGAAUUUACAAUCCUAGGGGACAACAUGGCCGCCACUAGACAUCGCCACGAUGCUCUGCUAAGAGCAUUACACACCAACAAACUUUACGAUGAAGUAAAUGUCAACUGGAGGAGAAAGACAAACAUGAUGGACGGAUGAAUGGGUCCAUCUUACUCCUCCUCAGGGGUAUGAGGUCAUUUCUACACCACCACUCCACCCCCUCCUCCGACAUAAAGACUGGCGGAGGGCCUUGUAGACCUUAAACAGGAAACUGACCAUAUUUAGUGGGAGGAACAGUGCUGGUGACACUGAUGAGGGUAAUGACGAUGAUGAGCAGGAUAAAAGUGAAGGCUUUCCAUCCAACUACUACAUACCUCAGUGUUUUUCUCAUUGAUGGUUCGGGAGGCAAAAUAACGUGGAUUCUUCGAGUCGUUUGUUGUCUUGAAUGCUGGUGGAAAUCAACUUGAGUGUUUUUAUUUCGUAAUUAUUUUCUUUGGAAUAUUUUAAAUACUGUUAAUUUGUGGAGGUUUGCAGGAGCUUUUCUUUUUUUCUUUUUGAAAACAAAAACAAGAUUUUCCAAACCGAGCCAGAACUAUUGAUUUGGAGGAAAACAACGUUGAAUAUUUUUUCCCCCCCCGUAUAUUGAAACUUUUCGGUUUACAGGAUCAGCAGAGAUGAGGUGGAUGGAAUUAUUUUUUUUUUCUUCUAUUCUUUUUUUUUUCCUCCCGCAAAAGUUGAAGAGAAGAUUUCCCCACAACACGCAACAAAGCUCUGGAGGAAUUCUCCGAGAAUAUGGAGUUGAGGAAAUCUGCUCUCCUCAGGCUGUAGCACUGGCUGCUGCACUUUAGUAUCAUUCGUUUUUGUCUUUAAAGCAGCAACACACCACGAAGCUCUUAGCAGCCUUUUUUGUUUACUUUCUCUCAUAAGCAAAUUGGGGAAAAAACUGCAAGGACAAUGAACACUAGAGGAUUGAUGUAUUUUCUUUACUCUUGCUGCUCUUCGGCUACUCCCUCGGGAGCGCCUCCGUUUUAUACAAUGUCUGUUUGCAUUGUGAUUUUAUUUUGCCCAGCACAUCAGAGUGAGUUUGUGUUAUUUACUGUUGCCGCGGUUUCUCCCAAGAGGCAAUGGGAAUAAAUAGUGCAACUUGUAUUAUCACCACCAACUCUUAUUAGUUUCUCAAGGGUAGCUCUGACCUGAAGCGCCACACUUGGUAAAAUGUGUUUGUCCAAUUGAUAUAUUGUAUCCCACAGGCACAGGGGAAACUAAACCACAACUGCAGCUGCAUAAAUAUGAAGUGGAAGGAACACAGGUUAAAUGAUUAUUUGGGUCUUGUUCAAAUUCUCUUUGUGGCAGUACUGUCACUCAGUGAUUGAAUACAUGCGACUAACGUUUUGGGUGAAGUUAUUACAAAUCUGAUUCAGUGUUAUUAAAAAGAAUGAAUGGUUUAAGUUAGCCUGACUGUUAAUAGAACCUUUGUCCAAUUAUUGUUUAUGGUACAUAAAAUAUUAUUGCUGUCCGAUGGCACCACGAAGCAUUAAAUUAAGAACACAAAUAACGACUGAAGCACCAGAAGUAAAUGCAAUACUGUGUUUUCUGGUUAAUGUUUUUAAAUGAAUUGUACAUUGAAAUAGUGCAUUGUUAAAGGCGUUUUUUUGUUGUUGCAAAAACGACGCUCCCCAGAAAAGUGGGAAUGUUGGGCUCUAGCUAACCUCAUUGGUUCGAUAGUGCCACACUUUAGGGUGCAUGCAGGAGAAGAAUCUUUUGAAUGUCAUCUAAAAACUAUUAAGUCAAUUCACAUGGUUGCCCUCAGACAGCAAUGCUUGUGUAUCAUAAACAAUUAUCUGCAAAAGCUGCAAUAGUACAUCUACAUUCACAAAUAAUGAAACCAAAAAGAUUUUUUUUAAUACUAUUUAAUUUCUUUGGCUUCCUCUCCACCCAUGCUUUCUUUCCUUUUUUUUAUUUUUUUUAUAUGACUUUUUCCAAAUGGCAGUUUUGUCUGUUGUCCGUCUUGGGCCAUUUUUACUCCGUGUCUUUUCCUUUGUCUUAAACUAAAGUUGAAGCCACCAGGCUGACACUGCAGCUACUCGCAGAGCCUAUCCUGACACUUGAUAGGCUUCUGCGCUGGACUGCCAGUACCUGUGAGUGCCGGGGCAGAUACAGAACUUGGUUUUGAGGAGAGAGAGAGAGAGCCCUGUUUCCAUGGUCACUGUACUGUACUACUCAGAAGACCCAAAUGUUUGUUAGUUUGGAAGUUUGAAACUCAGAUGAUGUUUUGAGGGAGCUAUUGUGUUUGGAUAGAUGCAAAACAAAGGUAAAUUUGUUUCGAUUUAGAAUUUAAGAAUCAGCAUUCUAGACUACCAGUGGGGUCAAAUACUCUAAGGCAGUCACUAUUCAUUAUUGUGUUGUCUUGGCACCUCCUAACAAAAGAUUAUAAAACAAAGUGUAGCUUUUAUGUUGCCAGUUUUCAUUAUUGUGCAGCUUUCUUCAAGUUACAUUUAUAAUUCUUCCAAGUGUUGUACUGACUGCAUAGAAUCCAAUUUACUAAAGAUAGAAAGAUGUUUGUUUAGUGUAGAGCGCCCUCUACUGUCACUUUGUAGCAACUAAGUUAAAAAUGACAUUCUCUAAACCGGGUGAGGAACCUGCAUCCCGUGGGCCAUGGACGGCCCCCGGGAGGUAUAAUUUGGUGUUAUGCACUUCUAAAAACAUGUUUGAUUGCCUCAUAUUUUGUCAUAAAAAUAAUAUUGUCCUCUGAGGAUUUUUUCCCCCUAAACUGAAAUGGGCCUUGUCAAGAAAAUGGUUCCCUGCCCUAUUAUGAGCGACCAAAGAGUUUCAGGCGUCAUUAUUAUUAGCUGUUGCUUUUAUGAACUGUUCAUCCAGUUGGAACCAAACUGCACAUAUCUAAGUUACCAUGGCAACACAGUCACCUAUUCUUUUUGAACCAGAACCAUUUAAUCCAAUGCCGUUUCUUUAAAAAGACAACACAAUCCCAUUGAUUGGAUGAUUGAAUGUUUACAUCUUUAGCACACCGUGCCAACGUUUCUCCCUGUUUUUUUUUGUUUUUUUUUUAAAGAGAGAACAGUAUGUUUUUCACAGGGUAUAUACAGCUCAGCUUUCUGAUUUAAUGUCUUAACAUUUGUGACAAGGACAUCCAAAGCAUGUUUGAAAUGAUUCAUAGUUGAAUUUAAUUUUGUGGACAAAAGAAAGGUGUAAAACUCAAGUUCCAGAUUCAUUUGUCAUUUUGAUUCCUAUCAUUAUUGCGAAAGCCUACUUUAGAUUAGCAUCCAUUUUACGUUCGUAGUCUUUAGGUAUUAAAAUGUGAAUUUGGGUCAGAAUGUGUCACAAGUCUCAACAACUGAUGA